AUGCCACUUACCAAUGACGAAAUCGCGGCUAUAACUAACGACAUAGCAGCACAAAUAUCCCAACCGUGCCAGAGCUCCCCGCCCCCCCACCAGUUGCCUUCGCGAAUACCCUCCCUGCUCGCACACCGUCACCUCAGCCUACUUCAACGCAUGACCCAGACUCACCGAGUCCUGCCGAAGCAGAGGCGCCAGACAACCAGUGGAGAGAUGCCAGAGUCACUCCGUGAGGCCAACAUGUCCUCCUGGGCAGCACGGAACCCAACACGAGCGAUUAUCCGCCCUCGGACACCACCACCUCGACCUAACAGAUGCCCAGAAGGCAAAACGAAGAUCGAAGCGCUCUCGCGGGCUCAUCAUGUUACUCCCAAGCACAUCAACGAUAUCAUCGGCAGUCAGACUCAUUAUCGAACCUCGCGCAAGAGUCAAUUAAUCAAUGCACUUGUUCACGCCAAGGCGAAAGAGAUGAACGCAGACCGACCCGCAGGCGCUCGGUACUCGUUGGCGGAACUCCGCCAGAUGGUUGCGUCCGACCCUGAAACAAAAGCCCUUACCAGGGAAGAAAAGGAACGCUACAUCGCAGCUCUCGAGGAGCAUCGUGAAAAAAAGGUCAUUAGUGUUCGGGCGAACAAUCUGGCGGCUGCACGAGAUGUUGUAGCCACAACGGAUAGGAUCGUCAAAGAGCUGGAUGAUCUGCGAGUUCGGACUGGUGUCUAUGGCACACUAUUUGUUGUCCGCGGUCACAUUAACGAUAGCAUUCAAAGCGCUAUGCACGGCACGGAUAACUCUGAAGACUUUUGGGAGGAUGUGUACGAGCAUCCUAUGGCUGACUUUCUUAGGCAAUACGAACAAUGGGCAUGCACCCAGAAUCAAAAUCUCAAUGAACGCGACUCUUUGGAAGCUGUCAGAAAGCAAGUACGCAAGAUGAUCCUCCGGGGCCUAGUUGCUGUGACCGGCAAAAAAGAUAUUGUGAUGAACUACCACAACUAUGAAACAUCCGUCAUCGAAACGUAUGGGGUGCGCCUUGUGGGCUGGCCCAAUGGUGUCAAGUUCACUAGCCCUUCGAACAUCGGGACCGUCGGCGACAUUCGCAAGCUCCGGGAUGCCCUCAAGGCACGUACGUGCUACUGGACAGUUCUAUCACCGGCAGAGCUCAAAGCUCACGCGUCUGAACUCGACACGCGACGUUCAGCCGGGGAAGUCGUUCGGAAGCCACGAAAAAAGCGUUCGGAUGCUGGCGUACCUCGCAAGCGUAAAGACGGGUCCAGCGCAGGACGGGUAAACAAGGAGAAUAUCAGGCCUUCGAAGAGAGCAAAGAAGAACUCUACCCAGCUGCAGGAAGGUCCCAAAAGCGCUGAGUUUGUAGAGUCUUCUGACGAAGAGGAGGAGGGGCAUGAGUAG